AUGGCUGUGUCUGGUGCAUUUGAGACUAUCGAUGAAUGGUAUGGACCACUGGAAUCACUGACAGAUAAAUUGUUCGAGAAUGUUAAACGAGAUGCCGGAGGACAAAUACAGGAGGUGAAUAAAUUAAUUACCAAUCUGAAUGAGGUUCUUCACAGAAGCAAGGACAAGAAAAUAUCAAGGUAUCCUGGUUGUAAAAAUAAAUCUAUUUAUGCCACGCCUUCAGAAAAGUCUGGCAGUAGAAUUUUAACACAGUUGCUUUCCAUGAAUGAAAUGCACACCAAACAAGAUUUCUUUACUCUUGUGGAAGACAACUUUACACAGGAGUACUUAUUGCUUAUUGUUAAAGCUAAAGCGAAGGAAAUAAAACGUUUAAAAUCAGAAAUUGACGAACUUAAGAAAUCAGCUAUAAGUGCGCGCGAGUCAAUGCAGGAAGAUGCUGAACGUGCCCACAUUGAUAAGGAAAAUGGUAUAACUGAAACGAAACAAAUUCUUCCCGUGGGAUGGGAGGCAACACGACAAGACCUUACAGAGAAAAUCGCCGAGCUGACAUGCCAGCUUUCUAUAUUAGAAAAGAACAAAAAAGCUAUGGAAGAUGAUCUUGGUAAAAAAGAUGUUAAAUUGCGUUUGGCUGAAAGAGAGUUGGCUGAUGUAAAGCGCCCACUUCAAAGUGAAUCAGCGGACAGAAAAAAUGGUGACCUCAUUACCAUGCAGUUGCGAAAUGAGAAUCUUGAGAAACUACUCGAGGAAAAGCAGAACAUGUUUGAGAUGAAAAACGAUGAACUCCAUGCCAUGACGUUGAAGCAUGACGAACUAAGAAGACUACUGACCCAAACCCAGAUCAUGUUAAAGAGAAAGGUUUACGACACUCAUAUGCUGCAGAUCAGAUAUGACGAGCAAGAAAAAGUACUCAACGAGAAGCAGGAGAUGUUAGAAAUGUGUUUUGAUUUGGAAGAGGCAGCAGCAAAUGGAAAUAUUGAAAUCGUUAAGCAACGAUUAGAAGAAGGACAAGAUCCACAUCAACCUGGAGUCUUCAAAAAGGCAGCAGGAAAAGGACAUUUUGAUAUUGUAAAGCUACUAUUAGACAAGGGAGUGGAUCCCAAACAGUCCUCUGCGUUGAAGAAGGCAGCGAAAAAGGGGCAUUUUGACAUUGUUAAGCUGCUGCUUGACAAUGGGGUUGAUCCUGAUCAGUCAGGAAUUUUACAAAAGGCAGCAACGAAGGGUCAUUUCGAUGUAACUAAGCUAUUACUCGAAAAGGGAGCAAAUCCUAAUCAGUUGAAGCUCUCGGAAGUGAAAAAGGUUGAAACACGAGGUUACAGAGAUAUUGUCAAAUUACUGAUUGAUAAAGGACUUCGACCUGAGAAUGUGCCAUCUGGAAUGCAACCACCAAGUCCAGUCAAUUCACAAGAACCGUCUCCUAUUACUAAAGAAGAAAAAAUAGAACAACAGCAAUACACAAAUGGAAUAGCUCAGAACAUGGAAAAGCCCUGUAAUAUCACCAUCACUGUUGUUGGGCACAAGGGAGUGGGUAAAUCCUGUUUCGUUAAACAACUCCAGGAAGAACUUAUUCCGGAAGGCGGGCCUGAACCGACAGAUACUGCUGAUUUAUUUAUAAAUUAUAUGGGCUACAACCCUAAUACUGGAUUUCGCCAGAAAUUAGAUAAAGACGGAGAGAUGGAAACCGGUCGUCAACGACUGAGGCGAAUCAUUGACCGAUACCGGAAAAAGGAUGAUAAUGCUACGCAACCUGCUACAAGUGAACAGGACAAACGCAGUGUUGAGCAACCACGAGCAAAACAAACUGUUUUAGAACCCGAUUCCUUACCUGGUUCUCCAUCCCCGUCAUCUUCAAAUUCAGCAUUCUUGUUGCAAUCUAGGUCGCCAUCUGACGAACCACCUGCGAAACUUAGAAGAGUUGAAAUUAGUGACAUAUCAAGCACAAGUCAGUCCAGUUCAGAAGGUAUUCGACAGGACAAUUUAUCACUGGAACAGCGGAAGGUGAUCAGGGAAAUAAUGAAAACAGAGACAAAAGAAAAUGACGAACAGGUGAAGGGUUACAUCACCAUUUAUGACUUUGGAGGCGAGAAGGUAUUCUAUAAUACCCAUCACUGCUUCAUGUCAAGCAACAUGAUUUUCGUCCUUGUGUUUGAUGUAGCAAAGUUUUUGGAUCCGGAAACAUCAAAAGAUGGCUACGAGUCGAUAGAAAAUUGGCUGAAGUCUAUCACUACUUAUACGAUUGACCAAACUACUCAAGAUAAACGCACGCCACCUGUCAUCCUCGUUGGGUCACACUUAGACAUAGCUUCUCCUGAUGAAGAAAGACAAAGAACAUUAUUUGCUUCAGUUUUGGAGAAGCUGUACGACGAUCCUCAGUUAAGUAAAAUAAUGGAGGACCACGUCCAUGAAAUGUUCCCUGUAGCAAAUCUGGAUGAUUCGUCAAAGAAUCAAGACACUUACACCCUAAUAUGGCAAAAGAUUAUAGAGAUAGCGCCACUUCAGUCACAGUGGGAGAAGCCAGUACCUGCUAGAUGGGUAGCAUUGGAACACGAGCUGUUGAGAUCGAAAAAUGCCGGAAGCAUCAUUCUUACAUAUAAAGAUUUAUUGGAAGUCAACAGCAAGUUAUCUGUUCCUCUAGAAGAGCAUGAAAUCACGAGUUUUUUAAGCAAUUUGAAAUUUUCCGGAUCUUUCCUUUGUUUCGAUCUUCAUACAAAGAAACCAUUCAUCGUCCUGCCGGCACAGUGGAUAAUUGACGCUUUCAAAGCCGUUAUCACUGACCCAGAUUUCACUGUCCAUCUUUCGAUCAAGUUACGACUUGAGUGGACGAAAUACACAAAAUCUGGUGUCUUAACACUGGACUUCAUCCGACAGCUUUGGGGACGCCAUAAAGAAAAACAAUUCCUUGAACAUGCAGAAACACUGAAAAGCGUUAUGGAGACUCUUGGUCUGCUAACAAACCCAUUGUCAGACAAUCCCGAUGACGAGGUGAGUUACUUCAUAGUACCAAGUAUGCUCCAAAUGGCCACUCCUGAGACCAUCCGGCCAGUUCUUGAUGAUCCUGAUACCGUCACCACUGCCACUCUCUGUCUCAAGUUCGACAACCCAUUUAUCCCCCAGGCUGUAUGGGACAAGAUGAUUGCCGCCUGCAUACACAGAUUUCAUCGACUGAACGAGCCAGGUCACGAUAGUUCAAAAUUCAUUCAGCGCGGCUUUGUUUGCUUAUCUAUUAAUUCUCUUUGGAAUAUGAUCAUCCAUUGCGAGGAAAAUGCCAUGAAAGUCACACUGUUCAAAAAAGAUACCGAUACAACUACUCCAGAAGGAGCUGGCGUGAACUUGCUCAACAUUCUUGAAUUUCUUCUCCGGCGUAUUCUUGAAUCAAAUCAUCAGAGCCAUCUAAAGUAUCGAUUUUACAUCCACAACAACUACCGGUUCACACCCGAUGAGAAGAUGGUAAAAGUAGAAGAACUGCGAAUGACCCCUCGCUUACAAUGCUACAGUGCAGGUGAACGUGGAUGGAUUGAGAGACAGGACCUCUACGUCUGGUUCAGAGACCCAAAUCAGAAGAAACACCAGACUCCGAGUCGAAAUGGUAAAUUAGAUGAUUUACCAGACAGAAUAAUGACAGUCAAAGAGAUUGGAAGAAUUUCUAGAUAUAUUGGGAGUUCCUAUCAGAUGUUCUUCCUCGAACUAGGCUGCCCUAUUGAGGUACUGGAGCAGGAAUUAGAGGAACAUAACCAUCUCGCUUUCAGAUCUCGUGUCACAAAGAUCUUUCUUCAACUACACAAAAUGAAGGCCGCCACAACAUGUAGUUUCCGGAAUGUAGCUGAUGCUAUGUCCAGAAACAAAAUGGAUUCUUCACAACUUCAGAACAUAAUUGACCAUAACAGGGACAUGGUGUUUAAAGACGACAGAUUGCCAAUGACUUUGCUGGAGAGAGAUCUAACACCCGAUGAUAUUGCUCUCGUCAAUGAACAAUUGAGUUUCAAAUUGUACUUUAAUUUUUUCCUUGAACUGGGAUUUUCGCCAAACUAUAUUGAUGAAUUCGACUUCCAGUUCAGAAACAAGAAAACCCAUGUGAUGAUCAAUGCCAUGUUGAACGCAUUAUUCUGCGAAACAAAGCCAUGCCCAAACUGGAGCAGUGUUCUCAUGGCGAUGGAGGAGUGCAACAUGGAUACGGAAUCCCUAAUCACAGCGUUGCAAGCAAUAUAG